UGACACUUAUUUGUUGACAUCUGUGAAGACUGUCAAAAAUUAUUCAUCUUGUUUCCUGGUUAUUUUUUGUGUGUAAUUUAAUUACGUUUCAAUUUUAAAACUACAUUUUCGUGUUAAUGCCUCUAAUUAACGUGAUCUGACUGGAGAAUUAAAGUGGAUCGAUGUAAGGUUACUAUCACGUAACAGUUUGUGCGGUAAAAAUGGAGAAGCCUGAUAAGCCAGUGGCGAGCGGGGUGCAACCGAUCGUGAAAAUUGGGCACUACACCCUGGGCGCCACGCUCGGGGUCGGUACAUUCGGGAAAGUGAAGAUCGGCGAACACCAACUCACGAAGCAUAAGGUCGCCGUGAAGAUCCUGAACCGACAGAAGAUCAAAUCGCUGGAUGUUGUUGGAAAAAUCCGUCGUGAGAUACAAAAUCUUAAGUUGUUCCGGCAUCCGCAUAUCAUCAAAUUAUACCAGGUGAUCUCCACUCCAACAGACAUCUUUAUGAUAAUGGAGUAUGUGUCGGGCGGAGAGUUGUUUGACUACAUAGUGAAACGUGGCAAGCUGCAGGAGCAUGAAGCUCGCAGAUUCUUCCAACAGAUAAUCUCCGGUGUUGACUACUGCCACAGGCACAUGAUUGUGCACCGGGACCUCAAGCCAGAGAAUCUGUUGCUGGACCAUAACAUGCAUGUCAAGAUUGCGGACUUUGGUCUAUCUAAUAUGAUGAUGGACGGGGAGUUUCUCAGGACUUCUUGUGGCUCACCAAACUAUGCUGCCCCUGAGGUAAUCUCCGGCAAACUGUACGCCGGCCCAGAAGUCGACGUGUGGUCCUGUGGUGUCAUCCUCUACGCCCUCCUCUGCGGCACCCUGCCUUUCGACGACGAGCAUGUCCCAACUCUCUUCCGGAAAAUAAAAUCCGGAAUCUUCCCUAUCCCGGAAUACCUGAACAAGAGUGUGGUCAGCUUGCUGUGCACUAUGCUGCAAGUGGACCCCAUGAAGAGGGCCAGCAUCGAGGACGUAAAGAAACACGAGUGGUUCCAGAAGGACCUGCCGGGGUAUCUGUUCCCGUCUCCUGUUGAACAGGACAGCAGCGUAAUCGAUACAGAAGCCAUAACCGAAGUGUGCGACAAGUUCGGUGUGAAAGAGCACGAAGUCCACAAUGCGCUCCUCAGCGGCGACCCUCACGACCAGCUCGCCAUCGCCUACCAUCUCGUCAUAGACAACAAGAGGAUUGCUGACGAGGCUGCCAAAGCUGAGAUCAAGGACUUCUAUGUUGCCAGUAACUCGCCGCCGGCCGUGACGGAGAGCGGGCGGCCGCACCCGGAGAGGAUCGCUCCUCUGCGCGACAAGACCUCGCCCGUGCAGCCGCAGCAGGACAAAGCCCGCGGCACGCCCGUCAAACGAGCGAAAUGGCACUUGGGCAUCCGUUCUCAGAGCAAGCCCAACGACAUCAUGCUUGAAGUGUUCCGCGCCAUGAAGGCCCUCGACUACGAGUGGAAGGUCAUCAACCCCUACCACGUCAGGGUCCGCACACUAAACAAAAUGACAACUAAACACGUCAAGAUGUCGCUCCAGCUGUACCAAGUGGACUACAAGUCCUACCUGCUCGACUUCAAGUCUCUCUCGGGCGAGAAGGAGGACGCCGAGGAGGACUUGGCGUCCCCCCUGGCGCCGCCGCCGCCCCUGGCGCCGCCCUGCGCCAGCCUGCAGAGCCUGCAGCCGCAGGGACACCACACUAUGGAGUUCUUCGAGAUGUGUGCGGCACUUAUUAUACAGCUAGCCAGAUAAUUUAGAUAUGGCUUAUGUGGGACAAAAAGUUUUUUUAGGGUGCAGUGUGCAUUGCAUCAUAAUGUUCGCUCUUAUCAAAUGCCAUGCAGCUACAGAUUGUCUUAAAUCUUAAUAUAUAGAAUACAGGGUGGGCAAAUAAGAAGAAUACAUUUUGUUUUUAAAUUUAAACUAUAUUAAGUUCAAAGAUUAUUAAGUAUUAUUUUAAAUAUAUACUCUUCAGGGUUGGCAAAUACAUGCGGAACAUAACUUAAUUUCUGACAUGUGUCCACCUCUAACAGCAGGGAAAUGUAAGCCCUUAUCAUCGCAAUUUUCUCGGUUUUAACUAUUUAAAUUUCAUCAGCUUGUUAGCAUAGACACGUAACGCAAAAUUUUUGGGAAUUUGGGUGCCAAUCACUGUCACUAUUUCUCGAAUUUAAUCGAGCAACAUUUGAGAAAAAAUUACUUGUUGUUAGAGGACAUUUGGCAGAAAUAAUCUUUCGUAUACACUUGCCAGCCCUGAAUAAUAUAUUUACGAAAAAAUAUUUAAUAUAUUUUGCAUUUAAUGCAAAUAAAAUUGAAAAACAAAGUGUAUCACUCUUAUUUGACCAACCUGUAGAACAAAAAUAUUAUUUGAGCGUGCAUUGCUUUUUGGAUCAUGCUUAUUAUCAUAACUAGCGAGAUAAUAGCCUAGUCUAGACCCAAUGUUCCAAAUUUGGAACUUAUCACGAAAUAAAUUAUGUAUUAUAGCAACGGAAAUUUUUCGUCAAUAAUGUCAUUGAAAUUAUGCAAUUAUAGUCUAAUCAAUGGUAUUUUAAUACCUUAUGUUCUAUGCUGUAUAUAUUAAUAAUUCCUUAAAGUUGAUUCAGUAUUAUACCUUUGUAUAAUGUUUGUUGAGGUUUCCUUAAAAUUUAAUUGUAUAAUAUUGUAUAAAAAAUUGGGAUUGUAGGAUAAUGUUAUUUGAUGGUUAGUGUGAUGUUCCAAGGCGCUUUUAAGUUUGUACCACGUGGCACAAAAAUCAUUCAAUCGAAAAUAAUAAUGAGCACGAUCAUCUAAAAUUAAAAUGAACGAAAACGAGAAUUAUUGUGAUAUAAAUAAUUUUAGAUACAAAAGUUAUUUUGCCAAAGAAAUCUGUCAGGAAUCAGAAUAAAAGUGCCUUUGUAUUUCGUAAGUCAAUAGCCAAAGUGUCUAUUUAAGCUAAAUAAAUACACGCAUUCGAUCGAAAAUACAAGACAGUUUAGGGUAACUACCAAAAAGCAACAGUCAUUGACACCUAUUUUUGUAGGAAAGGUAUACUUUUAAUAAAAUAGGUUGAAGGUGCCAACCAUUGGAGGGGUGCCGACGAUAGGUAGUUAACCGGUAUUUUGUUUAUAUUCUAAUUUAACACACGUUAUUUAUUUUCGCCUUCGUUGGCUGCGAGGGUUAUGGCCCAAAUUGUCUAAGAGCAUUCGCUAGCUGGCGCGGUUGCACGGCCCGCCCGCUAGCGGACGCCCUCGGGCGCAAAAAAUGUGAGGGUAUUGACAUACAAUCUUCUCAGAUUCUGUAGACUUGGCCUUGGGCACUUGUUACUAUUAAUUUAAUUGUAUUGUACAAAGUAACUUAUUGUACAGCUUAAAAUGUUUAAAGUGCAAUGAAAAAUAUACUUCCAUUUAACUAGUUUUUCUGUGUCAUUAAAACCUCUUAGAAAUA